AUGCCAAGAAAUAGAUACAUACAUAGGGGGAAGGAAAUCUAUAGAAGUGUGGAAGUUUAUAAAAAAUGUAAAAUCAACAGGAAAGGAAAAAUCCAACAUAAGCGUAAUCCGAUAACAACAAUGGAUACAGCACUACACAGAAUUACUUCAGGAACGACGUCCACAAUACAGAGAAGAGGAGAACCCAAUUUAAAAUUCAAGGAGAAAAUUGAAAUUGAUAUGGAAAUGGUGGUGGAGAAUAUAAAAGUUCUGAAACCGGGUAGAUCCUGUGGACCAGAAGGGAUAUAUGCGGAGCUCAUCAAGAACGGUACUAAAAAACUUUUCCACCUGCUCACUACAAUAUUCAGCCGAUACAUAAACGGUGAGGAUGUUCCAGAUGCUUGGAAACCGGCUUAUGUAUCCUCAAUCCAUAAAAAAGGGAAAAAAAAUGUAUGCUCGAAAGGCUCGAAGGCAUCUCAGUUACAAGUACGCCUAAGCAGACUAUACGAAAGAGUUUUAAGAACCCUAAUAGAAAAAAAAAUUGACGAAGAGAACAAUGUGGAUUCAGAGCUGGAAGAUCUUGCACGGACAAUGUGUACUGUAUGA